CGGUACCAUAAGGGCAGUCUCAGGUAUGCGUUUGCAAGUGGCGUCGUCAAUGAUCAAAUCGGAUAAAGACGCUAAUGAUUUUCUAGUUCUGAUCAGCACCCCGCCCGAGCAUAUUUGCCAGUCGACCAGUGGUACGAAGAUACGAUACUAUCAGACACCUUGUCAAACACAAUGGCACAGCCGGCUGAAAGUUCGGUGAGCUACGGGCUUACCAGGAAAAGCCAUAUGGGGGGAGAAUGCAUUCUGAAGCGCUUUUCGCAAUGGUUUUGGUCGGUGUGGAUGAUCGCCGGGUCUGGGACCCACGAUGCCCUUGCGGAUCCCGCGAAUCACCCCAGAGCGACAAACGGUGCCUCCACAAAGACGAACGGUUGUGCUGGCACAGCAAGAGAUGGUUUGUCUGCCACUGGAGAAUGGGAUACAGGACUGCGGGAACGGUCCUCCGAAAACGAGCAUGGUUAUCCUUGCAAGGCAUGCCAGACAUGGGGCGUUGUUUGCGACCAGCAGAGACCGCGCUGCUCGCAUUGCUUGGAUCAGCAGAUACUGUGCUUUUAUGUGGCACCUCUGCAAAAACCACCGAAGCGGUCAACCAAGUCGCGUUCCCGCCACGUUGAAUUAGUAAAUUCACCGCCACGUCUACUGGCAACUUGACUAUAAUGAAUCAUGAGUGAAUGGAGAUACUUUGGUGGAACAUUUGACGGAGCUCUUCUUUCUAUCAUCGCGAUAGUUUAUUUUCCGGCCGAUAAGAUAGGCAUGUGCCUUAGAUAGCUCUAUCGCCCAGUCACCCCACAUGCGGGGGAACGACUGGCAUAAGGUUGCUCGUGGAAGUGACAUUCGGGGCCAAAUGACUGAUCACAUACCGUACAUUCCCAUAUGCUGGAUCCGGACGAACAGUAGCAUGGUGAGGACAUGGACGAUUCGCCACCGUUCCCUAUGGCGAAUAUCCAACGUGGACCAAAGCGACUGCUUCCAAAUCAAACAAAAGACCGUGCAAGCUUAAGAUUUCACUGAUCGGAUGUAACUUAGUCGUUCCCCGCGAAUCGUUGAUUUACUUACCUCGGAUACUUGUUUCCAACGUGUGCCAUUGCUAGCAGUCGUCGGAGCACUGUCAGCCGAUUCCCCCGCCACAAGGUAGCACCUAUUUAGAGAUGGAUUCUCUACGAAAGCACAAACUAGACUUUGGAU